AACAAACGUCGCCGAGCUCAGUGUCGAGGACCGAGGGAGAGAGUGAGGAUCGCGCUCUCGUUCUUUGUCUCCUCUCUCGCGCGAGUAUUACUUCACGUCGUCGUCUGUGUCCAAUCAUGAGGAUUUCCGUGACGACUGAGAAUGAGAUAUACCCGCUGGAGGUGGCUCAGGAUCUGGAGCUGGAGAAUUUCAAAGCCUUGUGUGAGAUGGAGUCUUAUAUUGCAGGUAGGAAUUCCCGCUGGAGAGAUGAUGGUUGUUUUCAAUGCACAACCACUCACUGAUGACAAGAAGACUCUCAAAGACUACGGUGUAAAAGAUGGAGAGCUCAUUAUGGUGAUUCGUGGCACUUCACUUCUGAGGCAGGCGGCAGAGCAAAUGCAGCAGCAGCGACAACCACAAGGAGGUCAGAGGCAGCAAAACCAAGGGCCUGUUCCUAUGGAGAUCAGCCAGUUCGACUUCAGCAGAAUUGAGCUCCCCAGGUCACGGCAGACUAGCACUUCCUCCGCAACCUUUAAUGACUCCCAGGGUGGAGAUCAGGGCCAGGGUCAAGAACAGGGCCAAGGUCAAGUAGCAGGUCAGGAAGGUGUGGAGGAGAACCUGGGUGAUGAUGGGGACUUGGGCCUGGGCGCCGCAGGAAGUGGCCAGGACGACCCAGCUGUCAUCCGUGAUAUGCUACUGGCCAACCCUGAGCAGCUGGCCCUCCUACGCCACAAUAACCCCAGGCUUGCAGAAGCUCUCACAAGUGGAGACUUAGACAAAUUUGCUUCUGUGCUCCGUGAACAACAAGAGAUGCGAAGAGAUCGUGAAAGACAGAGAAUUCGAUUGCUUACUGCAGAUCCUUUUGAUAUGGAAGCUCAAAGGCUCAUUGCAAAUGAAAUUCAGCAAGAGAACAUCAAUGCCAACAUGGAAGCAGCAAUGGAGUACAACCCAGAGAGCUUUGGCACCGUCCACAUGCUCUACAUCAACUGCAAGGUUAAUGGGCAUGAUGUGAAGGCUUUCAUUGACUCAGGUGCACAAACCACGAUCAUGUCUCAGGCAUGUGCAGAGAGAUGCAACAUAAUGAGGUUGGUGGACACCAGAUGGGCUGGCAUAGCAAAAGGUGUUGGAACUCAGAAGAUUAUUGGCCGAGUCCACAUGGGCCAAAUACAGAUAGAAAAUGAUUUCCUUGCGUCCUCUUUUAGCAUACUGGAAGAACAACCCAUGGACAUGCUUUUGGGACUGGAUAUGUUAAAAAGACAUCAGAUGUGCAUCGACUUGAAAAACAACAAACUGCACAUUGGGACUACAGGCACAGCCACAACCUUCCUAAGUGAAAGUGAACUGCCAGACUGUGCCCGUCUGACCUCUCUCUCAGAAGAGGAGGCUCGUCGCCAAUCAGAAAAGGCUGCCAAAGAGUCAGAGGACCGUGCAUUGGCCGAAGCGUUGGCCGCUAGUUCCAAGGAAGGUAACUCGGAUGGAGCAAGUGGUUCUUCUGCAUCUGGGGCUACGCAACAUGCAGCAGAGCAGCAGCAGUCUUCCAGUCCCCCCAGUGAGGCAGCAGCCCCUGCCACAGCCCCCGCCGCAGUUCCAGAAGCUACAGCUCAACAAGACAAUUUCUCUGAAUCAGAUAUUCAAGAAAUUAUGCAAAUUGGGUUCACUAGAGUUCAGGCCGUUGAAGAACUUAGACGACAAAAUGGAAAUAAGACUCAAGCAAUAGCUGCACUCUUUGCAAAGUCAUUCAAAAUGUAGUUCCUUAUUUUUUUAGGGAUAAGAUACAUGUUUAGCAAUACUAUUUCAGAAGUUAUGGUUCUUAUUUUGCAAUAUAAUUUUAGAUGGUCAAUAUUUCUGGUAAGGGUUUAGAGUUUCUUGGAUAUUGUGAAGUGAGUAUAGACAUGGCUCGUAUUGAGCCUUUUAUCAAAUGUGUAAUAUGUUUGAAGACUGAGGUUGACUUCAUAUUUAGGGAGGUUAAUGCUAGACAAGGAAACCAUUAAUGGUUUGUUUUUGUACCUUAAGAGUGGACAAGUCAAAAGGGCCUUUCUGAGUGAGCUUGGAUUGCAUUAUCUCGCCUUUUUGUUGUUUGGUUAUUGUGGAUAUCAGUUGGCCAGGAUAGAAUUGUGUACCUAACUUAUUUCUUUAUGUUAUUUUAGUCAUUUGUAUACUUUGUUACCAUGGGUGGUUUUUACAGUGUAUCAAAAUACUGAAUGAAAAUUGCAUUUAUGUGCAUUCUGUAAUUAAGUCUUUGUUUCUGGUUUUAAAGGCCUGAUGGAUAUUCAGCAGAGAUAGGGAGUAUCCUUUGUUUGGCUCUGAACUUGUUGAAAUGAUUAUUCUAAAUCCCUGAUACUAAGAACAACAUAUCAGAGAUUGCAUUUAAAGAGGGGUUUCUUUAGAGCAAGGAGAUUUGCGAUUUUUGUUUUUAUCUCGAAAUUCGAUCAAAUACUUUUGUGUUUAAUGGAAAGAUACAAAUGUGAUUCAGCUUGGCUUUCAUUAGGAAAAGUUGUCAGAUGAAGUACAAGAGACAGAUAUUCCAGUGCUAUGUUUGUUACAGGUGACUCAGUUGCGAGGUGCAAGACUUUUAGGAAAUUAUACAUGCUCUAAUAUUGUAGUUGAACACAUCUCAUUACAGUUCAGUUUUAUAAUGUAGAGAUUAGGAGUUAAAUAGUCCCACUGUUAAAUAAAACAUUUUACAUUAUCAUUUAUAUGAUGUAGAUUAUGACAGUACUUUAUAUUUUACAGUAGGUGUUAUGCAAAUCAGACAAGUAUUUUAUACUAUACAUGAAAAAGAAAAUAAAAGUUUUUAUCAAUUAGUGAUGAGUCAUUGAUGUCUUCAUUUUAGCUUAAAAUUAGUUCACUUGUGACACACACACACACACGUACGCGCACACACACACACACACACACACACACACACACACACACACACACACACACACACACACACACACACACACACACACACACACACACACACACACACUUUCACUCACUCACUCACUCACUCACUCACUCACUCACUCUGUAUUGCAAUUGUUGUUGUGUAGCAGAGAAAGACCCAAGUGUAUCAGUUAUCAAGUCUUAGAAAAAUAUCAGGUAACUUCAGGAAGUGGAUUUUAAGUACUGGAGGCAUCUUACUUUAUAUCUACACAGAAACCUUAUCUUUCUUUUCUGGUUAAGAAGUUGAUUGUUCUGUAUACAGCACGUAUAUACUCAUUAUGGGGUCUAGAGGGCCAGCUCCACCCCUUCCAUGUAAGAAAUGAAAUACCCUAACAUUUAAUGAAAAAAAAAAAAAUCCCAAUUAGUUCUGGCUGUCUGACCACACCACCUCCAUUGCCACAUGGAGUAAGGAUGUGUGCACUUGAACUCAAGUCACUUCCCUUUCCAAGUUUCGCUAAUGAUUUAGAAAUCGUGUGGAGAAAUGUUAAAUAUGGAUUGUAGGUGAAAUCAAGGACUGUCGUGUAUGAAAAGAAUCUUUUUUGAUAUAUGUCGAAGAGUGCAACAGACAGCAAAGUACUUGUUUAAGUCUGAUAUUCUCAUUUCUCAUAUCACUGUACAAUAAUAGUGUUUGUCUGGCAACUGGUGGUUGGCAAUAUUGGGAUAAUUAAAAAUGACAUCUACUGCCCUCUGCAUAUAGUCCAUUUAUGGACCAUAUAUAGAAGACAAUUAUAUGAUAAAAUGGGAUAUAUUUAGUUUAUACAACCUCUAGGAACCAUUGGAAAAUGAAAUAGUUCUUGACUUCUACCAGAAAGAGAUACAUUAUUGUUUUUUAAACCCUCCUUUCUAGAGUCCUAAUGCUUGGAAGCAUUCAAACUGAUAUUCCUCAUUUUUAAAAUAGACAGAAAUACAGGUCUGAUUAUAUGUGAGAAACACAUUUAUUGUAAAUGAGAGACAGAAAGACAAAGAUUGUAUAUCAGCCAAUCAACUGAUUUAUCAUUGAGAGGUAUGGCUUCUGGGCAUACAUGAAAUAAAUAUGAGUAAAGCAUUGUGUGAUCAAAAUAUCAGUAAAAAUUUCACUCCUGUGAUUAUAAGAUGUUUAACUAAGCACAUUAGAGUAAUGUACAGACCUAAGAGAUCUUUUAUUUAAUAUUUCAAUAACACGAACUAUUUACUAUAGAAACACAAGUACAAUUGGCAUUAUUGAUGCCAAACAUGGAUCUCAAAUAGUUGCUGAAAAUAAGCAUGAAUUAGCUCUUGCCACUUGGUAUAAUAUUAACACCUGACCUUGUAAACCAGAGAUUCAUAUUGGUAUAGUGACACCAGGCAUCUCUGCAUAAUAUAUUUUAUUUAUGCAUCAAUGUUUCUUUUGUUAUAUUAACAUAAUUUGAAAGUAAUGAAACAAUUCUCUAUCUACAAGAGAAGUAUUAAUUGAUCUCUAACUUUUUUUUUCUUAUUUUCUUCCCAUCUUUUCCAGACAAACUACCAAAUCCCAUGUUAGUUUGGCUUUCACAGUUUAAGUAGAAACCAUAACUGGAGCUUAACCUUACUGCCAAAAAAUGAUACACUAUUGCUCACCAGAAUGAAAAGUGUUUACUGAGUUUAACAUUUUUCAGGCAAGAUAUUUCUUCUUGUUUUAAAUGUGAUAAAGUUUAACUUGAAUAGCAGCUUUGUUAGCCUUGGCACAUUGGAGAGUUCACAGGAUGAGACCAUAAAAGCAGUGAACAAGCACCCUCAAAGGUGUGAGUGUGCAUUACCCCCUUGCCCCUCAGUUGUGUGACGUGCAGCCAGCUUUCUAUAGUGUGGUGGUGUUAACCCAAAAUAUUCCUGAGUGGUUAACAUGGCCCCUGCUCCUGGGGGGUUUUCUGUGUUUCUUAUAAGAUUACUUUCCCUUUAGAACAUUCUAUGUACAAAAGGUUGUCCAACAUUGAUCUUUAUUCUUCAUGUAAAUAUGUCAUAGUUUAGAGUUUCUGUAAUUCAGGAAAAUAUUCAUAAAUAUUUUAUUAGAAUUGUCAUAUUGCAUAAUUUUUAUAAUGAUUUUCAUUUAUUAAGCUUCAAAUUAUAGUAAUUGUAGUAGGAAACCAUUUCACAUUAACCUGUGUAUCAGUUACAUGGACUGGAUGAAAAUUAUGACAGAAAUCUGUGAUUAAAUAUGUAAAAGAAAAAAAAUGUUCUGACAAUAAUAAAAAUUAGGAAUUGAUGUGUGUACAGGUAGAAACAUAUUUAAAAAUAUACACAGUCCAAGA